CAACACAACACAAAGAGUGUUGUUGUUGUUUUUUUGACAGCAGACUGUUCUGUGUGUACACAUUUAGUACAAACUGUUCUAUGUGUACACAUUUAGUACAGGUUGCUCUGUGUGUACACAUUUAGUAGGCUACAGGCUGUACGCAAACGGGACUUUUGAAAUUUUAAAACACCAUAAAACUGUGUCUAUUUUUUUAGAUUUUUCGAAAAUGCCAGGUGCUCCUGUCGACAAACUCUUUUUACUGGGUGUCUUUGGCAUAUUUUCUAGUGUGCUUCUAAUUAUUAUUGGAACCGCCACACCGAACUGGAUAUUCUGCUACUCCGGAACGUCUAUUUUAGGAACGCCUCUUAGCGGAACGUCUUCUAGCGGCACUCUCAACAGAGGGUUGUUCAAAACUUGUAACGAAGAUGGUUGUUCUUCUAUUACGAUACCUUCAGAUUAUGAAAUGGCAAUCCGAGCUCUGAGUAUUCUUGGUAUUAUUUUCGGAUGCAUGUCAAUGAGUCUGGCACUCGUGUUUGUACGCAAGGCGGUAAAUACCAAACCUGAAUCUAAAGCUUUACCGUAUAUCUCUGGAGCUCUAGCAACAAUAGGAGGUUUAAUGGCUUUCGCUGGGGCUCUGAUCUACGAGGUGGACGUGUACAGUAUCAGUUUCCUGGGAUUCGACGACUACCUCAAUUACAGCCUCGGCUUCUCCUUCGUGCUCAACAUGACGGGCGCCAUCAUCCUGGCGUCCACUGGCUCGCUGGUCAUGGCCGGAGGGGGCAGAAUGGUCCGGCAGGGCGCAGUGGGCACCGUUAUCACCACAGUACCCGUCGUGUACCAGGCUCAGGCGGUGGCCUACACCGGAGGUCCACAGCAGCAGUCGAGUUCGUACGGCGCACCGAUACCUGGAUACUACGCCACUGCUUACCCUCCGCCAGCUCCAGCUCCCCAGUCAUUGGUUACACCACCACCUUACAGUGAGGCUGUCAGUCAAAAGUAUUAACAAUAACUGUGAAGGCGGUCCAGGAGUCCCUGAUGCUCAGGAAGUCAUUAAAUAAGAACACCUUUUGUUAUAUUUAUAUAAUAUUAUCUAAUAUAUGUAAUUGAAAGUAAGGAGAAUGUAUGUAUUGUAUGUAUGUAUGUCCCGCAUAGAGAUCAAAACCGUUUGACCAAUCUUGAUAAAACUUGGCAUAAAUGUUCCUUAGAUCAUGGCAAAGACCGUAGUUAUGUUUAAUGUCCCUCCCACUCCUGGGGGGGGGGGGGUCAAUUUUUGUUUUUUUUAAAAAAGCUAAAUUUAUCUCUAGUGAAGAAGGAACCUUUUUAAAAUCGGGUAAACCCGUUUUUACAGUAUUUUAUAUUUGAUAUGAAUGUGUCGGCUAAAGAGUUAAACUACUUUCAUUUUCGUGGCAAAUUAAAAAAAAUGUGAAAGGAACAUUCUUCAUGUUUGCGUAGAUCUAAAUCCAAUCCACUACAUCAGUACUACCCAAACUAAGGCCCGCAGGCCGCGGGUCUUAUCCGCCCGGUAUUUAUAUAAACGUAAGUCGAUGGAAAGUUUAUUCAAAAUAGUUUUUAUGUAUUAUACGUUUCAGUAUUUUACAUGUUUUUAUUUUUGUUACUUUUAUGCUGCUUUUUGUUACGUUUAUGCUUAUUUUUGUUACAUUUAUGUUAAUUUUUGUUACAUUUAUGCUAAUUUUUGUUACGUUUAUGCUAAUUUUUGCUACAUUUAUGUUAAGAUUGUGUGUAUGUGUGUUUAUGUAACGUAAAUGUGUGUACAUUAACAAAUGCCAUUCUCUUUUGCUAUUCCAAUGGUAUAAAAUAAUACAACUUUCAUGAAAUUCUAAGCAAAAUAAACAACGAAACACCAAUAUAAAGUUUUGUAAAUAAGCGAAAUAAAAGAAAGACGUUAUGUUGAAAAUAAUCACUACGAGAUUUUGUUCUUAUAAUUUGAUAUUUAUUACAAAGCUUAUAUCAACUUACCAUAUCUGUGUGGUAGAAAGUGUGAACACGUUACUUCUCGCGGAUCAAAUUGAAACCUCGCACAAUUAUUCAUUGAUUCAUUGGCAUAAACAAGACAUGCAUCAAUUUUAAAAAAGUAACCAAUUCGUCAAUUAAUUACUGGUAUUCAUCAUUUUGUUUCAUACCAACAAAGGAAACUAAUCCUUCAGUAUUCACGGAUAUGGCUAAAUUUGUUGCGUUUUAAUCACCAUAAAUAAUUGUUAACGCGAUUUCUACCCCGAUCUUUCUCCGAUCAAGUUGAAACUUUAAACAGUUACUUUUUGUACCUAACAAAAUAUGAAUCAAUAAAAUAAAUACCAAAGUAUGUAAGCAGUUAUUAGAAAUUAAUUAUAUUGUUUCAUAUGGAAUAAGGGAAAUGACUCAUACAUGUGUGAUUGAUAUAGUUGUAAACUGCGCAGUUCUUAACCUUUAGAUAAAGAUUUUAUUUAAAAAAAAGGAUUUACUCUUUAUUUUUAAGAUCUGUUUAAAUUCUUUAACGAAAAUGUUCGAAGAAGAAAAGAAGAGAAAACGAUAUGAGGAAAUGUCGUGGCGAUUGAAAAACUUAAAAAAAAAAAAUGGAAUGUAAAAUUUUUAAAUACAUAAAAAAUAAUUAAGCAACGUUAUGGGCGCCAUAUUAAAGAUCAUUGUUUAAUAAGUAAAUAAUAAAACAAUAUUACAAAUUGAGGUUGCAAUGUGAUUAAGUUCAAUCGACCACCGAUAGAUAGGCUACUUCCAUGGGUCCGCAGUGCAUGGAGAUUGGCAGGUCUUUAAAAUGAAAAGCUAUGAACUAUUAAAUUAUUUUGUUGUCGAAAUUGUUUAAUUUAAAAUUAUGUAAAUUAACUGAAACUAGAAUUACUUCAUAUUCGAAAUAUAAAUAUGCUGAUUUUUAAUAGUUUAGUAACGGGAUGCAUAUGAAAUAGUUUGUAUAUGCAAAGUAGAGAAGGAUUACCCUUGAAAAUUUAAAGGGCAAGACAUGGCCUGAAAUGCGCCGAUGUGCCCCCCUUCUCCCCAAAAAAAUUUAAAAUAAAAUCAAUCAAUCAAAAAUAACAUAAUUUUAUUGUUAAAAUUUUUCAAUUUCAAAGUAGAUAUAUAAUUUAAAAGUUUUACAGUGUAUUAACAGUUAAAAAAUUAAAUCGCAAUUGGAGAUUUCCACAAUGAACUAAUCAAGGUCAAGGACGCUCAAUAAGACUUCACUGUUUCCAAAGAAAUAAAAGCUACAAACGAAAAAGAUUCGAAAAUUUGGAUCGUCUGCUGUGCUAAAAAGUGCAAAAAAAAAAAACAACAACAAAUAAACAUAGAACUUUAAAAAAAAAAAAAAACAUAGCUGAUCAACAUUUCCCUUCCUUCUAUACACCGGAUACUCCAAGAAGCUUGCUAUUAAUAGAUUUGCCUCCAUUUAUGAAAAUCAUGGUUUGGAGACCUCUGAAGAAGAGUCCAAGUUGAAGCGAGCACAAAAUAUUACAGUAUUUACAUUCAGCUUUUAAUAUCAAGUAAAGAAAUUUAAAAAAUACAAAUGUACUUUUAAUCAAAUGACACGAAACAAAAUUAAUCUUUUUCAAAUGAGAAAUUUUAAAAUAUAUAUAAUUUUUUUUUUUCAAUUUCACAAAAUUAUUAUUGUGUUUUAAACAAAUUGGUUUCCUUUUAAGUGGAUCUUUCUGUUAAUAACACUUCUUUGUUGCUUGCUGUUUUUAGGAUGUAAAUGUCGACUGUAUAAACGAAUGCUCAUUAUAAAGUCUGGUCAUCUACUUGAACUUGAUUGGUCUCGGCGUCCGCCUCGUCACC